AUGCUUCCAUCCAUUCUGUCUUUUGCCGAUCCAGAAGAUGGUGAUUUCGACUCCCAUGACGAGAUUUCGACACCCAGCGAGACAACACCACUUGUGAGCAACAGCGCCGACGGGAUAACUCCUGCCACAAGACAUUGGGAGUCUCCGCCAGGAUUUUAUUGGAUAGAGACAGCAAUCUUCUCGAAUGUGUUCCUGUCAGGCUUUGAUGGAACAAUUACCGCAUCGACAUAUGCAGUGAUCGGAUCAGAAUUCAACGCGGCGAAUACGGUAUCAUGGCUGACAACAUCCUACCUGAUAACGAGCACGGCUUUCCAACCCCUUUAUGGUCGAUUCUCGGAUAUUCUCGGUCGGCGAACUUGUUUCUUUAUAGCGACAUUGACGUUUCUGCUUGGAUGUCUCGGGUGUGCCUUAGCCCCGGACAUCAUUGCACUAAAUAUCAUGCGAGCCCUGACGGGGUUGGGGGGAGGGGGUCUCAUGACAAUGGCGACAAUAAUCAAUUCAGAUAUGAUUCCAUUCAGAGAACGUGGAAUGUAUCAAGCCUGCCAAAAUGUGCUCCAUGGAUUUGGAUCAAUCUGCGGAGCAUCACUGGGGGGGCUGAUAGCGGAUCAUAUCGGUUGGCGGUGGUGCUUCUUAUCCCAAGUGCCAAUAUCCAUUUUCGCCUUUGUCGUCGGCUAUCUUGUCAUCAGUAAGCACGAGCUGAAACUUGUUGCUGGUGAAGAAAACUCAGGGAGUGCGAAAAAGGCCUGUAAAUGGGAACAGAUUGACCUAAUAGGUGCGAUCCUGCUCGUGCUGGGCCUUUCAGCCCAACUUGCAGCCAUGAGCAUGGGCGGAAAUCUCUAUCCGUGGGAUGAUAUCCGAGUCAUUAUAGCGAUGGUCUCGAGUAUUAUCCUCCUGAUAGUGUUCGUUCUCGUGGAAUUAUGGACGAAGGCAAUACCGGUCCUGCCCAUGGCUAUGCUGAAAGGAACUCUUGCAAUGUCGAAUCAAAUCAGCAAUAUAUGUGUCGGCAUGGCGGCAUACUCGUUUCUGUUCAUGAUUCCCUUGUUCUUCCAGGUGGUCCUUCAAGACAGCCCAUCUGAAGCCGGUAUGCGCCUAGUGAUUCCAUCGUUGGCAACUCCAGUAGGUGGUGUCAUAUCAGGCAUCAUCAUGUCCCGGUGGGGAGGACUCAAUGAGCUCGUCCGGGCGGGUUGUUUCUUCAUGAUGAUAGGGAAUGGCGCCGUUGCAUCCCUCAAGUUCGAAGAUUCACAUUGGAAAUAUCUCUUCUAUCUCUUCCCCGCCAAUUUUGGUCAAGGGAUGUGUUACCCCGCCAUCCUUUUCACCUUUCUAGCAGCUUUCGAUCAUAGUCAGCAAGCCGUGUCCACGUCGCUGGUCUAUUUGUUUCGGUCAAUGGGGACGGUAUGGGGCGUGGCUGCGUCUUCGACAUUGCUGCAAGACGUGUUGACACAGCGACUGCUUUCAUCGUUGGCGGGGGUUCCUGGCAAAGAGUGUCUCAUUGACGAGAUUCGUCAUUCGAUAACCAUGUUGAAAACUCUUCCACCUGAUAUGCAGUCGAUAGCGCGUCAUGGUUACUAUGAAGCUCUGCGAUACGUCUUUGUUGCAAAUACUGCCGUCACAGCGGUUGCUUUGGUGGCUUCCUUUUUCGCUCAGGGGAAAGGCCUGCGUCGGAACUGA